CGCCUCAGAGGGAUGUACUUUGUGGCGUUUCUCAACUGCAGCUCAGCUCUGCACUGCAGUUCAGCUCUGCGCUAUAUACAGCGGAUUACUUAAGGACUAUCAUCUAAUUCAACAUGAAUAACUUCUCUUAUACUGCAGAUGGAUCUAAUUAUUCUAUUGCCUUCAACCAAUCCGAUUAUGAUGAUUGGGAUAAUUACUCAGACUGGUCAUCAGAUUCAAGUUCACCCUUUGGUAAAGAACAGCUCAUAUUUAUGGUGAUCUAUAGCCUGGUCCUCCUGUUGGGCGUUCCUGGCAACACCCUGGUCAUCUGGAUCUCUGGAUUUCGCAUGAAGCGCUCUGUCAACACAACGUGGUUCCUCAACCUGGCCGUGGCUGACCUGCUGUGCUGCCUCUCCCUGCCUUUCCUCAUCUCCACCCUGGCCAUGGACUACCACUGGCCCUUCGGCAAUGUGGCCUGCAAGGUGAUCAACGCCCUGAUCUUCCUCAACAUGUUCUGUAGCAUCUUCCUGCUGACCGUCAUCAGCCUAGACCGCCUGUUGCUCGUGAGCAGGCCGGUGUGGUGCCAGAACUGGCGAACGGCCGCAAAGGCCCAGUGGGUCUGCCUGCUGGUCUGGGUUCUGGCGUUGCUGUUCUGCACUCCGCUGUUCAUAUACAGGGUGGAAUUGCAUGACCCCCUGGCCAACAAAAUCCUCUGCCACUCCUCGUACUCGGACUCGGAGGGGGUGGGCUUCGCCGUGUUGCGGUUCCUGGUGGGGUUCCUGGGUCCCUUCGUGGUGAUCGUGAUGUGCCACUAUGUGGUUUACACAAAGGCCAACCAAGGCAGGAGCAAGUCCCACAAGACCCUGCGGGUGAUCUGCGCGGUGGUCCUGGGCUUCUUCGUCUGCUGGUUUCCCUAUCACAUCGUGGGGUUUUUCCUGGCCCUCACACCCAGCAACUCCCCACAGAUGUUCUAUAUUCGCCAAGCGGACAUCUUCUGCCUGUGCUUGGCUUACCUCAACAGCUGCCUCAACCCCCUGCUGUACGUGUGCGUGGGCCGCAGCUUCAAGGACAGCCUGCGGAGGUCCCUCAAGAGCGUGAUGGUGAACUUCCUCUCGGAGGACUCCCAUAAGGCAUCUCUCAGUGGCCCUUCCAUGACCACGAUGACGUCAGACAAGCCCCGGGAAAACUUGUGCUGAAGGGGUGCAGGCAGUCCGAGGGAGACAGAGAGGGGUCCUCAAGAGUUUCAGCAUUUUGUCAGAUUGAUACAUAGAACUUCUACUGCUGUAGGUCACCUGUUGAGCAGACAGUAGAUUGAAAAGAGCUCUGUAUGCUAAAUGAGAAAAUUCCAUGAAAUCAAAAUGAAAUCAAUUCCAUGUGCCUCUUUUUAAGACAUCAAAUACAGAGCAUGAAAAUGUUUGUUCUAUUUAAUGGUAUGUUCCGUAAAAGUUCCAUAUUAGUUGUAGUUCAUUUUUAAAAUAUAAAGUGGUGCUGUAUAAUGGCUCACCCUGUGCAGACCCCAGGCUUCUCUCUCCCUAUCUGUGUGUCUGUGUCUCAUGGAGAGCAAGCUGGGGUCUGCGAAAAGACAAAUU